AUGCUAAAGGUUUCUCAAGAGUCGCACGUCAAUGAGCGUGCUCAGGGUCUCCACGACUUCCGCAGUGAGACGAACUACCACGCCAAGAAAUUCUACGCUCAGCGCAAUGUGUACCUGACGGGCUUCACUCUGUUCCUCAGCAUGAUUCUGGCACGCACGCACUCGCUUGUGCUGGACUUGAUUAAUGCGCAGGAGGAGCUCGCCGCAAACGUGGGUGGCAGUGAAGGCGGCGCUGGUAGCUCAAUUGUUUCGUCCGACAAGAAGCACCAGGAGGAGAUCCAGACCAUGAAGAAGCAGAUGCAACAGCAGCAAGCUGAGUACAACCGCCUCUCUGACGAACUUGCCAAGGCGCAGUCGGCGGUCUCGGACAAGAAGAGCGAUUAG